AUGAAGGAGAGGGAAAACACUUUCUCUGCUCUUUCUCAGUUUGAAGCCGCAGAACAGAUGGUGAGCAGUCUGUGUGUGUGUGUGUGUAGAGAGUCUGAAGGCAUGCGGCCGGAUGCCAGACUUUCUGCAACCGACAUGAAGAACCUGGACCAGUAUGGACGAAGCCACAUGGAGACUCAAGUCUAUGCAGCUGUGUCCAGCCUGGUGUUGGUUCUACUUGGCCUGUUAGGUUCAGCCCACAGUUGUCCUGGUGUUUGCACCUGUUACGGUAACACCACUGACUGCUCCGCCAUCGGCCUCCUCUCUCUGACACCCAUCCUCUCGCUGCUGGACCAGGACUCUCUGGUACUCCGCCUACCCCAGAACAACCUCUCCUCUUUGGGCAAGACAGGGCUGUCCAACCUCAGCAGCCUGGAGCUCCUGGAUCUUUCCCAGAACCACUUUUCCUCCCUGCAGCCUGGAGCUUUCUCAAGCUUGAGCGGCCUUCGCUGGCUCAACCUCUCCUCUAACUAUCUCUGGGAAGGCCUGGUGUCAUCGGACCCCAACAAUAGCACAGAGGCCACACAGGGCUUGCAAGGAAACCAGGGUGGUGUGGGCUUGAGCAAGGAGGUUUUCAAGGGGCUGUGGCGGUUGCGAGGACUCGACCUGUCCUCCAAUGGCCUCCUCUGGCUGCCUAAAGGCCUACUGAAUGGGUUUCAGAGACUAACCUGGCUGUCCCUUGCCAGAAACCAGCUUGUGGCCCUCGACAGAGUCACCUUUGAGCCCGUGGUGGGUCUGCAGCAGCUCCAGCUGGCAGGAAACCCCUGGGAGUGCGACUGCAAGCUGAGGGACUUCAAGCACUGGAUGGAGUGGUUAAUUUAUAGGGAUGGUCAGGUAGAUGGCAUGCAGUGCAAUCUUCCAGGGGAUUUGAAGGGCAGGGACAUCCGCAGCGUGCCAGCAGAGAUGUUCAGCUACUGCCUGAAGAGUCCAACAAAGGAGGCCGGGUCAGUCUAUGCCAGCCGGCCUGCCUGCCCACCCGGCCGGAUCAACAGUCAUGAGGACUGUGUUCGGCAGCGUUACCGACCUGUAAGUGUGCGCCGGGCACACGCCACGCAAAUUGUUGCAGGAGUGGUUUGCGGUACGGUGUGUGUCAUGAUGGUGGUUGCGGCGACCUAUGGAUGCAUCUAUGCCUCGCUGAUGGCGAGAUACCAGAGGGAGAUGAAGAGCCGUGGGCAGCCUCUGAUGGCCGAGUGUGGAGCUGAGACUGACAUGGAGGAUGGACAAAUGUCCCCACUGAACUCGCCCGAAGAGAUACCACCCAAAGGGGCCUGUGGCAUUGUGCACGGGUAUCGAAUUAGUAGCUUUUGA